GUUGACUUUCUUUGGAGAUAGCUUAUUGUUGAAAUCCGGAUUUUCACUAGGUUUAAGAAAGGUCUAGAAUUUUGAAGCGCCAAACUCAGGAGCAAGAUAAGGAUGAUGAAAGCGUUUCUUCUAUCCCUCGCAUACAUGGUAUGCACCAUCCCAAUGGGAUGGGGAUGUGUGUCUGGUGCGGGUCCAUCGUGGGAGAUAUCCAAGCCUGGCCUUGGAAGAGGCGGAGGACCGACAGGUGUAAUGCCAAUACCAGGUGUAGCUCCUAGACCAGGUGUAGCUCCAAGACCAGGUCCAGAAGGCCCAGAGGGACCAAGCCGUCCAAGAAUACCCGAAGAAGUUGCGAGAUACUUCGCUGGAUUGAUCAGCAAGGAAGAAGCUUUCGCAAGCAUCGAUCUUGAUAAUGAUGGCCUGGUAGACAUUGACGAGUGGAUUGUGGAAGGCGGUACCGGGUCGGAAUACCUUCAUAUGCUUCGUCGACUUGAUACCAAUGACGAUGAUAUGAUCUCACUUGAUGAGCUACAGCCAUUCAGUCUACCAACCGAACAGGUGGACAGGACUCUCGAAGAAGUGGCGGAAACACCGAAUGAUAUUCCACCGGAGAGACCAACACCUGGGAGCAUACCUCGAGAACCCAUCCCCAGAAUACCGAGACACUACAAUCCUCACAAUCCUAGGGCAAUGCGCGACCCCCGAUACAGGUACCGGUUCCUACCUCGUGAACUCCACUCCAACACCGUCUUGAACGUGAAUACCAAAUUCCUUGAACGAUACAAUUGAUAUCAGGUUAUGAACAGCAUUGACUUAACCUGGGAAAUGAAAUCGGAUCAAGUUAACCUAUAUACCGAUCCCCCGAUAUUACGUGAACCUGGCCGGUCGAUCUCCAAUAUAUCGAUAACUUGGAGAAUUCGAAAAAGAGAACUGCCUGGUGAAACCGAGGAUAAGAUCAAUUUCAAGUCUAAAUAAUGGUCUGCCUAUGAACAUGUACCUUCAUUUAUCAUGUCUGCAUUAAUGUUUGUGGAUCAUUUUACAAAAAUAGCAAUAAAGACAUUUCAUAAAAAUUUCAUCAUUCCUGACUUGUGUACAUAGAUUUGUAUUACAGAAACGAAGGGCGUCAUAAUU